AUAUUGUUUUUAUUAUUAGACAUACAUUUCAUGAAAACAGAUAAGUAUUGUAUUGACAUGUAACUGUUCAAGUUGUUUUUCCAGAAUAAAUUGCAGAAAAUGCAAAAGUUAGGCACUACUGAUUGUAUCAGGCAAUUUUUUGUCUGGUUGCAGAGCAGCCAUUGGUAGUUCUCUUAAAUAUCUCUUGCUCUUUGGCCAUUACCAAAAGCUGGCCACUGUACACCAUUAUCAAGCUAGUUUUCCUUCUUUUCCAUUCCUCAAAAUUCAGAUAUUAUUAUCUCCAUUCCAUUGAGUUGAAGUAUUGUUCUAUCUUUCUUUUUCUCCCCCUUUUUAUGUCUAUCCAUCUCUCAUAUGAGCCUCAAGCUCUUGUAUAUAUAGUAUACUGCCUUGUGCAGCUUGUGUGGUACAUGAAAGUUGAAAACUUGAUCUGGGUUUGCUUUGCUAUUUCAUUAUUAGCAUCCCUUUGGGUCAUGUAUUAUUGGUCCCCUGAACAGUCUUUCUGUUCAUUUUUCAAGAAUUAUUGUAAAGUUCCUAUUUUUUUCAAAGUGAAUUUCUGGGAUUUGUUUUUGUUCUCAUUUGAGUGUGCAAAUUAAGAACUGACUGGGUUUUCCAUCUUUUGUUCCUGAGUGUCUGUGAUUUGAAGUAUCUUGUUUGUUUUGGUGGGGAGGGUCCUAAGUUCAUGAGUGCCCUUUUUCUCCAUCCGAUUUCUUCUGUUGUUGAAUAAUUUAAUCCUGUCUGGCGAAGAUUUUUUUGUUCUGUAAUGCUGGAAAAUUGAUCUUUGUUGUAAUUCAUAAUGAUUUUUGAACUGGGGACCUUAAAUUUUUAUUUUUAUUUUUUUUGAACAUUGAUGGUUUUCUUACAAAUCUAGUGUCCAAAGUUGGUGAUUUCCUAGAGGGAUGCUGUGUUAAUUUGCCUGUUUGUUUCAUAUUCAAGCUGAAUUCUGGUUGUGGGUUUAUCAUUUACUGGAAGACAAACUUUGAGGUUAUUUCUCAUCCCAACAGUUGCUCUGUUUUCCCUGCAACUUAAAUCCAGUAUCAAUGGGUUUUAAAUAUCUCCAGGUUCUCUUUAGUGUGCUGCAUUAAUGGUUGAAUGUGGAAUCUCUGGGGAUUUUAUAUUGCUACUCAUUCAAGUUAAAGUAGGGACAUUUAAUCCUGAGGAUGUAUGCUGAAAAUGAAUUGGGGACUUUGUCUUAUUUUGCAUCUUUGGCUUUGAAGUUAUUGUUUUGCUUAAAACCAUAAGCAAUAGUAGCAUUUCCUAAACACAAAUCACAAUUCAGUGCAUGAGAUUUGGAUUGAGUUUCUUAUUUAGUCCAUCCUUUAACUUGUGGAUACAAUUUGUUGGGAACUGAAUUUUGAUAUGCAUUUCAGUUAGAUUCCUUGUAAGUGAGCAGAAGUUCAAUCUAUCACAAAGUUUAACAGGCAUAGAGAAUGAGUCAGCCUAAAAUUAAGCGCCGAGUGGGUAAAUAUGAGGUAGGGAGGACCAUUGGGGAGGGAACAUUUGCAAAGGUGAAAUUUGGAAGGAACUCUGAGACGGGGGAAUCUGUGGCUCUCAAAAUUCUUGACAAAGAGAAGGUUCUCAAGCACAAGAUGGCUGAGCAGAUCAAGCGGGAAGUAGCUACAAUGAAGUUAAUUAAGCAUCCAAAUGUUGUUCGACUAUAUGAGGUCAUGGGAAGCAAGACAAAAAUAUAUAUUGUUUUGGAGUUUGUGACUGGGGGGGAGCUCUUUGACAAAAUUGUAAACCAUGGACGGAUGAGUGAAGAUGAAGCACGUAGAUAUUUCCAGCAGCUUAUAAAUGCUGUUGAUUAUUGCCACAGCAGGGGUGUCUACCACAGAGAUCUGAAGCCAGAAAAUUUGCUAUUAGAUGCUUAUGGGAACCUUAAAGUUUCUGAUUUUGGGUUGAGUGCACUCUCCCAACAAGUUAGGGAUGAUGGACUUCUCCAUACUACAUGUGGAACUCCAAAUUAUGUUGCUCCCGAGGUCCUUAAUGAUAGAGGCUAUGAUGGUGCAACUGCAGACUUGUGGUCAUGUGGGGUGAUUCUCUUUGUAUUGGUUGCAGGUUACUUGCCAUUCGAUGACCCUAAUAUCAUGAACCUGUAUAAAAAAGUGAGCACUAUCUCAGUUGCUGACUUUACUUGCCCCCCAUGGCUUUCCUUCAGUGCCCGGAAAUUGAUAACUCGAAUCUUGGAUCCCAACCCAAUGACUCGUGUCACUAUACCUGAGAUUUUGGAUGAUGAAUGGUUUAAGAAAGAUUAUAAGCCUCCAGUUUUUGAGGAGAACGGGGAAAUCAACCUUGAUGAUGUAGAAGCUGUCUUCAAGGAUUCUGAAGAGCACCAUGUAACAGAGAAGAAGGAAGAGCACCCAACAGCCAUGAAUGCAUUUGAGUUAAUUUCCAUGUCCAAAGGGCUGAACCUUGAAAACUUGUUUGACAUAGAGCAGGGAUUUAAAAGGGAAACAAGAUUUACAUCAAAAUCCCCUGCUGAUGAGAUAAUCAACAAGAUUGAAGAAGCUGCAAAACCUCUUGGCUUUGAUGUGCAGAAGAAAAAUUACAAGAUGAGGCUUGCAAAUGUAAAAGCUGGAAGGAAGGGAAACCUUAAUGUUGCCACAGAGAUAUUUCAAGUGGCACCUUCUAUUCACAUGGUUGAGGUACGGAAAGCAAAAGGCGACACAUUGGAGUUCCAUAAGUUCUACAAAAGCCUUUCAAAAUGCCUGGAGGAUGUUGUUUGGAAAACUGAAGAUGAUAUGCAAAUGCAAGGAAAAAAUUGAUGUUGACAUCAUUAUUAUCAAAUGUAAUAUUCUUGAUGUCUGAUGUCCUACCUUCUACUAUUUUCCAAUUUCUUCAUUCGUUAUUUCCUUCUUCUAGGUUUGUUUUGGACAUCUCAUAUUGUGUUCCAUGCUAUUAUUUUUGGAAAGCAUGCACAGUUUAUGUAAGAAUUUACCCAUAAACACUUCCAGUUAUGUUCAUCAAACAAAAAAGUAUAAGAAAAUUUGUAGAUUA